AUGAAAUACAAAAAGAAAUAAAAAUGAGUUGAUGCUACAGAUCAUUUUUUUAUUACAGAGCGUGGAGUGACGUUUAUAUCCGUGCUCUUAUUUUGAAGUACUAACAAAACUCGGCAACUAUCAAACUGAAUCUGUUCAAAAGAAUCACUUCCCAAAGCGCUGAAGUUACAGGAGGAUGUGUAACGGCAGAUUUAGACCAGUUGGGGGCGAUAUACUGUGAUGUAGCAUAUGGUGGAUGAAUUUAGCGUUAGCUUCUGCUAAUUGCCAUGUUGGUGUACAGCUUUAGCACUAGCGCCAGCUAGUGUUGUGCUUUAGCUAAACUCAUGAUUACUGCUGUAGGGUUAAUGCGGCUAACUGCACAGCUAACGUUUUAGUGAUUUCCAUUACUAGUAAAAAGGAAUCUUCUCCAACAUUCAUGGUAAAAAGUCUUGAAACUUAAACUGAUAUUUGAAUAACUCGAAACGAUCAAAAUGCUGGUCUGCUCCGACUCUCUGGGAGUCGUUUGAACGACGUCUCUGCUCUGGUCUAAAAUCUGAUCCUCAGUGACUGAAUGUUUCUGGUUCAGGAAGAUCAGCCAGUUUUGUUGUUCCAAUGCUGAAGUCAGUGGGCGGUUUGGCGCGACGAAGCAGGCGUGCAAACAUGGAGCCAGUUUGAUAAACAGGAGUCUGAAGUCCGUCAGGAACCAGAGGAACAUUUCUUCUGUCCGAUCUGCUGCUACAAAGGUUCAUGUCGGAAAUACAAGAACUGUCAGAACAUCGAAUUCAUUCUGUCUGGUUUUAAAUUGGUUCUCAGGGAAUUAAAAAUGAGCAGAUAAAGGUUAACGAUGGUGCUGAAGUGGGAAGAAAACGGCCUUGACUCUGUUAGAACCAGCAGAACCUCUGUAGAGCCGAAACCAGAGGUCAGCGUGGGAGCUGCUGGUGGUGAAACUGGGAUCCCUGAGAGUCGAUACUGGCGUGUGUGUUCAGCCUUUCCCAGAGUUCAUCGACCUCCAGCAGACCUCGAUCAGGCCGGGUUCCACAGAGACGCUUCAGAUCCGGCGCCGCCAAGCAACAGAAACCCUUCAUCAGCCCUGAAGUCUGAGCAGAAGGUAAGAAACAACCCGGCACCGGUUUGCUCGGCUCAACAGAACCUCUGUAGGGCUGCAGUAAAGACGGACGUGUUGCAUUCAUGACCCAUUUUCAGAUCGAGUGAAGACCAAAAGCUCAGGCAGUUUCAGGACAAACCUCCGCUGUCCAGUUUCCCACCAUCAGAUUUAAAAAGUCAUCUUUAUCUGCUGUUCCCGUCCUUUUAGAGUGUUUUGUGUUUCUAUGCACUGUCGGGUUAUUUAUUGUACUUGCUGUAUUUACUGUUGAGCAUAAUGCUGGGGGCGUUAAACAUGCGUUGACCUAGAAAGACCAGGAUCAUCAGGUCUGAUCUUGUUCCCACCACCAUGGAGAGAGUUAAUCUCCUGAAACUGAGAGUAAAUAAAUGUCCUGAAGUCCUUUAUCGAGUCUGAGGACUCCAAACAUUCACGCUACGACGUAGCGGCUCUGACCAAACCGGGUAAAGAGCCUUUUCCCAAGGACACAACGGCAAAGACGGGCAGAGCGGGGUUUCAACAGACAACCCACCAGUUAAAGCAUCGCUGAUCUGAUGGAGCGUUCCACAUGAGCUGCCUCAAAGUUUUACUGACUUUCACUGGGCUGUGACUGGGUUGCCGGUUCAAACCGCUGGUCAGUCGUCGUGUCCUUGGGCAAAACACUCCACCUGCUGGAACCGCUGGCGCCGGUGUGUGGCAGCCUCCACCAUCAGGGUGUGAAUGGAUGAAUGUCGGGUAAAAGUGUUUGGAGUCCUUUGGGCUUGAUGAAGCAGGUACAAACCUCAAAGGCGAUGGCACCCUAACUUUAACAGCUUUUAAGUUCAAGGCAUAGAGGACCAAGAACGCCACCCUGAGGAACCCCAGAAACCAACAUCUGCAGAGGAAGACCACAGCUGCUGAGUCCCUGCGGUCCCUUCUUUGUCCGGGUGUGUCUCUGCGUGGACAUCGGUCAGCAUGGGGGUGUGUCUCCAGGUUCUGGGCCUGGUUCUGGGCAUCGUGUCCUGGUGUCUACAGUCCAGCUCUACGACCUCUCACACUUGGAAGGUGCGUAGCCAGGCAGAGACGGUCACCACCAGCUCGUGGCAGUUCGAAGGCCUGUGGAUGAGCUGCGCCGCCACGGCGCUCGGGUCCGUCCAGUGCAGCAAGUUCAAGACGGUCCUGGGCCUCGACUCUCACCUGCAGGCCUGCAGAGCUCUGAUGAUCCUGUCCCUGAUCCUCGGUCUCGCCUCCAUCAUCGUCUCCAUUCUCGGACUCAAAUGCACGAAGAUCGGCCGGAUGGCGGAGCAGGUCAAGGAGCAGGUCGCCCUGAGCGGAGGCGUCUUGUUCAUCCUCUCUGGCGUCUUCACCCUGACGGCGGUCUCCUGGUACGCCGCCAGAAUCAUCAACGAGUUCUAUGACCCGUUCCACGCCGGACUGAAGUUUGAGAUGGGUACUGGUCUGUACCUGGGCUGGGCGUCCUCUGGUCUGGCCAUACUGGGAGGAUCUCUGCUGUGCUGCAGCUGCAGGCGGAGCGCCUACACACCCACUCCGAGGCAGUUCUCCUACCACUCCAACUCCAGUGGCGGUCAGAGCAUCUACAAAGCGGCUCCGGCCUCAGAGAGCGCCAGCACCAAAGCGUACGUCUGAUCCUGGCGGAUGAACUGCAGCCUGAACCCAGUUAUAACCCUGCCUGAACCUCAUCUGAACUCUGCCUGAACCUCACCUGAACCUCAUCUGAACCCCAUCUGAACCUCAUC